AGAGUGACUUUUUGUGAUACGACAAUACGAUUUUGGAACCAAUUUAGCCGCGGCUUAUAUUGUCACGCGGGCAAACUGCAUUGUUAAUCACUCAGUGAUCAUACGUCCUACCCGAUAAAAGAAAAUCUGAAAUAUUCAUUAAAAAAUUCUGACUCGCAUUUAAUAUUAGAUCUUUGAAUCAAAUGGGAUCUCUGCCGCAUGCGUGAAAUAUUGUUUCAUACGUUAUUCUGUGUGGAAGCUUUAUCAGGGCAAGAUGGCUGGACAUGGUGACAAGCAUCGUGCCAGCAAGAAGCAAAAAACCUCUAAAAAGGAGGAGCCAAUUCUAGAUGAUGACAUGGAUUAUGCGGAGGAGUAUGAAGAGGAAUACCAAGAUGGUGAGGGAGAAGGUAUAAAUAAAAGAGAUUUUACCAAGUUGGAGUUGAAACCUGAUCAUUUUAACAGACCACUAUGGGUUUGUGCUGAUGGACGAAUAUUUUUGGAGACCUUCUCUCAACUUUAUAAGCAAGCAUACGACUUUCUAAUUGCAAUUGCAGAACCUGUUUGUAGACCAGAAUCCAUGCAUGAGUAUAAUUUGACACCUCAUUCACUUUAUGCGGCGGUUUCUGUUGGUCUUGAAACUGAAACAAUUAUCACUGUCCUCAAUAAGUUAUCCAAGACAAAACUUCCCAAAGAGAUAAUUGAUUUCAUUAAUGGUUCAACUGCAAAUUAUGGAAAGGUCAAGCUUGUAUUGAAAAAGAACCGUUAUUUUGUGGAAUCUCCAUAUCCAGAGGUUCUGAAAACCUUACUGAGGGAUGCUGUUAUUGCUCGGUCAAGGAUACUUUCAUCUGAGGUCUCUGAUGUACAGGGGGGGGAUAUGUUUACAGUUAGCAAAGCUCCUAAUGAAAUGGGAGGAAGCCAUACAGAACUCAUCUCUAGUGAAGACAUCACAGCAGCGAUUGAGGAAAAAGAAACACAUUCAUUUGAGAUUGAUCCCACUCAGGUUGAAAAUGUGAAACAGCGUUGCCUACCAAAUGCUUUAAAUUAUCCCAUGCUAGAGGAAUAUGAUUUCAGAAAUGAUACUGUUAACCCUGACCUGAAUGUUGAGUUGAAGCCUCAGGCACAACCACGACCUUACCAGGAAAAAAGUCUCAGUAAGAUGUUUGGAAAUGGUAGGGCAAGGUCCGGUAUCAUUGUGCUUCCUUGCGGGGCAGGAAAAUCACUAGUAGGAGUUUCUGCAGCUUGUCGUAUUCGAAAAAGUUGUCUUUGUUUGGCAACCAAUGCUGUAUCUGUGGAUCAAUGGGCAUUCCAAUUCAAACUAUGGAGUACGAUUCGGGAUGAUCAGAUAUGCCGUUUUACUUCUGACAGUAAGGAAAGAUUCAAGGAUAAUGUAGGUGUGGUUGUCACUACAUAUAAUAUGGUUGCAUUUGGAGGUAAACGUUCUGAAGAGUCAGAAAAAAUAAUUGAAGAGAUUAGGAACAGGGAAUGGGGUCUUCUUCUGAUGGACGAGGUUCAUGUUGUUCCAGCACAUAUGUUCCGUAAAGUUAUUAGCAUCACAAAAUCUCAUUGCAAACUUGGUCUCACAGCCACACUUGUACGUGAAGAUGAGCGCAUCACUGAUCUUAACUUUCUCAUUGGGCCGAAGUUAUAUGAAGCCAACUGGUUGGAUUUGGUGAAGGGAGGGUUUAUUGCGAAUGUCCAAUGUGCGGAAGUAUGGUGCCCUAUGACAAAGGAGUUCUUUGCAGAGUAUUUGAAGAAGGAAAACUCAAAAAAAAAACAGGCUCUGUAUGUGAUGAACCCCAACAAGUUUAGGGCAUGCGAAUUUCUUAUUCGUUUCCAUGAGCAACAACGUGGAGAUAAGAUCAUUGUCUUCGCAGAUAAUCUUUUUGCUCUCACAGAAUAUGCAUUGAAGCUCAGGAAGCCUAUGAUUUAUGGAGCAACCAGUCACAGUGAAAGAACAAGGAUUUUGUAUGCAUUCAAGCACAGUCCAGAUGUCAAUACUAUUUUCCUUUCAAAGGUAGGAGACAACUCUAUUGAUAUUCCUGAAGCCAAUGUGAUUAUUCAAAUAUCAUCUCAUGCUGGUUCCCGACGUCAAGAAGCACAGCGAUUGGGACGUAUUUUGAGAGCCAAGGGUAAACUCCAGGAUAGGAUGGCGGGAGGAAAGGAAGAGUACAAUGCUUUUUUUUACUCAUUAGUUUCCACAGACACACAGGAAAUGUAUUAUUCUACAAAGAGACAACAAUUUCUGAUUGAUCAAGGAUACAGUUUCAAGGUCAUUACGAGCCUACCACCUCCAGACACAGGAGCAGAUUUGAAUUAUUACAGUAAGGAUGACCAAAUGCAGCUUCUCACAAAGGUCUUGACUGCUGGAGAUGAUGCAGUUGGUUUGGAACAAUUAGAAGAGGAUGCUGAUGACAUUACCCUUCUAAAGGCUCGUCGUUCAGUUGGCUCAAUGAGUGCUAUGUCUGGAGCUCAUGGCAUGGUGUACAUGGAAUACAGCACUGGACGAGGAAAGCAUGCAGGACAUGGUCAAAACAAACUCAAGCCUAAAGAUCCCAAUAAGAGACAUAAUCUAUUCAAGAAACGUUUUGGCUGAAGUUGAAUAGUAAAAUUAAAUAUCAAAUUUUUAAGUGGACCAUUGCAAAUCUGUGGGAAGGGAUUGCUUUUGGCGUUUGUGUAUGGGCACAACAGCACAGUGAUUCAUAUUCAGAAUUAACUGACUGCAGCCGUCAUUCUUUUGUCUUGGUGCGCAUUUCCCAUUGCCUUGAAGGCUUCAUAGAAGCAUUGUCCUGUCUCCUGAUGCUUACAUCUUUUCUUAUGUUUUAUAAAAUCAUAAAUCAUAAGUAUGAACAUCUGAUUUUGUAGAAAUCAUAAGCUGUUGAGUGGAUUAUUCAUUUUUUCUAGUUGACAUUGAAGAGAAGUCGAAUUCAAUAUUUAAGUUAUACAACUGUUGCAUCAUAUAUGCUUAUAUGAUGUAUACAGAACUUCUCUGCAAGUUUUUAAAUUAUGUAGUCUGGACAGCAUUUAUACUCUCCAA